UCACCACUCCACUCCUCAUCCCUUCAUCUCCUCAUUCCUCACCAUCGUCUUUUUCAACCCUACCUCUACCUCCUGUACUUUUUUCUUUUUGCUAUUUCACUUGUCAUUUUUAUCUGUAAACCACCUCCUUUGUUUCUAAAUAAUAACUCACACCCCGUCCAGCCAUGAAAAAGUCCUUCCUCCUGCUCAGCAUCCUCGCCGCCAUCUCGGUCGUCGCAGCCGAGGCUCCCGGUGCCCAAGCCGCCUUUAACCAGCCCGGCGAGAAGGUCGCCAUCCCCGAUAGCUUUGCCUUCGAUGGCAAUGCCUCAGAACAGCCUGUGAUCCAGGGCGAGAAGUACCAGUUCCAGACGGAGGUAUCACGUCUGAUGAACAUUGUCAUCAACUCGCUCUACAAGACCCCCGAGAUCUUCUUGCGCGAGUUGAUUUCAAACGGAUCGGAUGCCCUGGACAAGAUCCGCUUCCAGUCCUUGACGGAUUCAUCCGCACUCGAGACAAACCCCAACCUGAAUGUCACCAUCGCCAUCAACAAGGAUCAGCGCGUCGUCACUAUCACAGAUACUGGUAUUGGUAUGACUAAGGAGGAUCUCCAGAAGAACUUGGGAACUAUCGCGAAGUCCGGCACAUCCGAAUUCUUGGAGACCAUGUCUGGGGACAAGGCCGAUAUGGACCUGAUUGGAAAGUUCGGUGUCGGUUUCUACUCUGUCUUCUUGGUCGCUGACAAGGUCCGCGUCACCAGCAAGAACAACAAUGACGACCAAUACAUCUGGGAGUCGACCGCCGUCAACGACUUCACGAUCGCCAAAGACCCUGCCGGCAAUACCCUCGGCCGUGGUACUCAGAUCGCCAUCCACCUCAAGGAGGAUCAAGAUCAGUACCUUAAGGACGACCGCAUCCAAGAGCUCGUCUCAAAGUACUCUGAAUUCAUCAACUUCCCCAUCUAUCUCCGCCGCACCAAGACCAAGACUGUCGAGCCUGCACCCGUCGCCGACAAGAAGACUGACGACUCUGAGGACGAUGAGGUCGUGGUCGAAGAGGCUAAGGAGGAGACCAAGGAGAAGCCCGCACCUGUCACUAUCUCGUACGAGGAAGACGAUCUCAUGAACUCGAACAAGCCCAUCUGGAUCCGCGACCCUAAGACCGUCACCGAGGCCGAGUACCAGGCCUUCUACCCCGUCUUGACACGUGAGCCUGAUGCCAAGGCCAUGGCAUACUCCCAUUUCAAGGCUGAGGGCGAUGUCGACUUCAGGGCUAUCAUCUAUAUUCCUAACAAGGCGCCUAAGGAUCUCUUCCAGCGUGUCGACCAGGUCCAGUCGAACGUCAAACUCUAUGUCAAGCGCGUCUUUAUCACAGAUGAGAGCCAGGAUUUCUUGCCCCGCUGGCUCUCGUUCCUGAAGGUCGUCGUCGAUGCUGAGGAUGCACCCCUGAAUGUGUCGCGUGAGACCGUCCAAUCGAACAAGAGUAUCAAGUCGAUCAGCAAGCACUUGCUCAAGAAGAUGUUUGAUCUGCUCAAGCAGCUGUCCCAGGACGAGGAAAAGUACGCUGCCUUCAUCAAGGAGUUCGGCACCAGCCUCAAAUUGGGCGCUUUGGAGGACAAGUCGAAUGUGAAGAAGAUCUCGCGUCUCUUGCGCUACAAGUCCUCGGAUUCGGACAAGUACACGUCGCUCGAGAAUUAUGUCGCGCGCAUGAAGAAGGGUCAGAGAGAUAUCUUUUACUUUACGGGAUCGAACGUUGACGAGAUCAAGCAGUCGCCUUUUGUGGAGUCCCUCCUGGCGCGUGGAUUCGAGGUCCUGUACAUGGAUGAUCCCAUCGACGAGAUCGUCCUCUCUCACCUCAGCAACUUUGAGGGCAAGGCCUUCCAGAACGUCGCCAAGUCCGACCUGAAGUUGGGCGAUGAGGACGAGUUGGCGACCGAGAAGGAGCUUGAGGAGAAGUUCUUGCCCCUGUUGGAUUGGAUGCACGCCUCCCUUAUUAACGACGUUGAGAAGGUCCGUGUCUCCAAGCGUCUAACCACCUCACCCGCGGCCUUGGUCGCCAACGACUAUGGUUGGACUGCCAAUAUGGAGCGUCUGAUGGAAGGUCAAGCGAAGCAGAACAAAGACCAGACGAUGCACCAGUUCAUCAAGAACCAGAAGAAGAUCCUUGAGAUCAACCCUGGCCACCCCCUGAUUCUCGGUAUGCUCGAGCGUGCCAGCAAGGAUCCCAAGGCCUUUGAGGACGAUAAGCACUUCCAGGAGAUGACCAAGGUCCUGUACGAUAUCACACUCGUCCGCAGUGGUUACAGCUUGAAGGAGGGCGUCAAGUCCUUUGCCGCGCGUGUUGAAAACAUGUUGCGUCAGAACUUGGAUGUCGAUACCUCCGCUGAGGCCACUUUCGAGGCUCCCUUGGCCGAACCCCGCGAUCAGGAGGAAGUCCAGGCCGAGAUUGAGAAGCGUGAGGACAUCUUGGAGGCCGACGAGAUCAAGCCUGGUCAUAUGACGGCAGAGGAGCUGAACAAGAUGUUGAAGGAAUUCACAGAUAGCACGAAUCCGGCCUCGGCUGGCAGCGGUGAGGCAAAGAGGGUCGCUGUCAAUGUCGAGGAUAUUGUCGCCAAGGCCGAGGAAGAGCUGGACUCUGAAGACGCCGGCGAGACCAAGGGAACCAAGGAGACUACCCAUGACGAACUGUAAAAGGACCGCCUUGAGCCACCCAAUUCACACCGGAAAAGAUAAUAUUAAAAACUAUAAUAAUAAAAAAUUACAGUAUCAAUGCA